AUUUGUGUGUGUCAGGUGUGUUGAUUCCCACCUGUGGUAACAACACUGGUGAAAGAAAAGACAGAGUUUCAGUGCAUACUGGAGGGGGAAAAUGGAUGUUAAACUGAUUUUGUUGUUCACUUUCUUUGUCGUCACUGCAGGUGCAGACGAGAAGACAGUAGGAGCCAGAAAGCCAAACUGUGGAGAUAUGGCGGAGAUUCUUGCAUGUCCACUCAACUUGGCACCUGUGUGUGGCACGGAUGGGCAAACCUACCCCAAUGAGUGUGGCCUCUGUGUGCAGAGACAGAUAUCCAAAGCAGACAUUUUCGUUUCCAAGGAAGGAGAGUGCUGAGAUCCUCAUUGAACCAGCCUUGAAAAACAAUGUCUUUUAUGUACAACAAUUACACAAAUUAAUAAAAGACAAGAAUGAGUGACAUGGAUAAUACUGUUAAAGUUCUAUGAGUUUAGUGUUCUAUUGGAUGGGGAUAUCUUGACGGAGAUUAGAUGUCUUGAUGGAGUCUUGACGGGUAGAUUAUCAAAAGUCUGGACUGUGGAUUUAAACACAAGGUUGCUGAAUGUUAGUGUUCACAUUCUUUCAGCAGUAUGGAAAUAUAUCAAUAAAGCAUUGUAAAAUGGAUGAAAUGUAAUGUGAAUUACAAACUGUAAAUACAUGGAUGUAAGUAACAUCUGGCAUUGUAGUAAAAAUAAUUCAGAUUUC